UGAACACUGCGUAGAGUUUGCUCCAAAGCACAACACGAGGUAGAGAAUUCUAACCUAAUUCCGAUGAAACGUUAGUGGUGUCAUCUUGUGAUACUACUUUACUGAUAUUUUGGAGCUGUAAAAAGUCGUGUCUUCGAAGGAGAUUGAAUUUGUACAAAACUACCACAAGAUACACCGCAAGAAUGAUUUGUAUCUUAAACAAGGCUCCCCUCUUAUACCGAGCUGCUUUUUGCAAGAACAUAACUCUUGGCCGUAUGACAAAGCUCAUACUUGCAAGAAAUUGUAAGCAUCAAACUAAUAAGACACCCGUCAGGAUGCAAGAGAGAUUCAGACUUAAGGACAAUGUGAGCUAUGAUUACAAGCUCAUAUACAGAGACGAGAAGAAGGUUCUGACGAUAAUUUUCAGCACGUAUCAUUUUGGAUGGAUAGGUCUCUUUGCCACUUUAAGUUGUAUGGUAUAUGUGCUGUAUGACGUAUUCGUAUUGCAAACACCAGAAGACCACCGUCCAGACAGUUUGUUGGGCGUUGAGAUGUCACCACUAAGUCAUCUGCACAGAUUUGAUUUACUGUGCAUUGCUACGCUCAUGGCUAGCAUGCUUAUAAUAUAUUCCAGAGCAAUUCCAAUCAGAAUUUAUCACAACCCUAAAGAAAAAUUGUACAAAGUAGUACUUAUAAAUAAUAUAUUCAGGAAAGGAAAGGUAGUAACGUUUGCUGAGGGCAGCGCUGUGCCGGUAUUUAAACGUGGAAGCUUCAUAAAAGAUUCAUUAUUCUAUGUUAAUAAUAAUCGUAUGAUAUUGCUCGACGAGGAUAGUUUUCCAGUGCCAGCUGAACGUGAAAAAAUGCUUUGUAAGACCACUUAGAACUCUUGUAAAUGCAUUCGUAUAUUUCUCACUUAUGUUACAAUUCGGGUUCUCUACUUGCUAUACACAUAUUCAUAUAUCAGUGAUGAUUGUAAUGUAUAUAUUUACAAAAUGUAAUUUAUAAAAGAGAUUAAAAUUAUUGCUUUUUA